AGCUCGAUCAGUCGCGUAGCGAGCGCACUGUCAUUUGAUCGGUCCGCGGCGUGGAAGCACGUAGACGACAGUCGGCGGUGCGCGUACCUCGAAAAUUCGUUCUUAAUCGCCGCGCGAUUCCACGGCUGAUCAUCGACGAAUGCACGCCGUCUGCAUGGCCGCGUCGAUGUCGCUGCGGACGUCGAAAUCACGGGGGAAACCGGUUUUAUCCUAUGACCCAUUUGCGGGGGCGGACGUCCGAUCGGAAUGACCGGUACCGGCCUUUUGUCCGAUCCUACUCGCCUCGAUCCCACCAGCUUCGUGUUCGACGCUCGUAAAUCGCCCCGUUUCGCGAACCAUUCCCAUUUUCGCUUCGGUCCUUUUUUUCGAUCCUUAAUUUUCACGUCGUUAAUGGAUUUUCGCUGGUACGCGGGUAUUUUAUAUCGUCCGGAUACCUUCUUUACGCCAGUUUUGUCUAAACGUGGUUACGGCUGGGUUGUCAAGUAUACAAAUCGUGUCGGGAUGAACGGGUGAAUCCGCGCGGAGGCGUUGCGUAAUAUUCAUGAGUGCAACCGCGUCACAGUGAAGACGGUACAAAGGUUGGGAGACGGAAGAGAGAGAGAGAGCGAGAGUGAGAGAGAGAAAAAGAGACAUGAAAUUCAAGCUUCUUCGUUACGAUGUGAAAUUUAUACGAUAAAAGUGUAAAGAAAAACCGUUCGCGAUUAGAUACGGGGAAAUUCCGGCUCGACUCUUUCAUCCGGAUGUUUAUUUAUAACAGUUGGAGUUUCAAUUGUUGUGGGCGAGUGAGAAAUAGAACUGGGUCACGCUCAAUCGUUUAUUGAUUUAUAUACCCACGUGCAUCGAUAUGUUCAAGGAUUUAUGUGCGCAGGCUUUUACUUUCAUUACAAUCUAGAAGUCUGUAAAUUAGGACCAUCGUUUAAAAGCUAACACUUUUAAUUCUUUCGCAUACAAUUUCAUGGUGAAAAAUUAAUCAUUCGUCUAUGCGAUUUGUUUCCUCUGGGGUGAAAAAUGAGUGAAAGUAAUGAGCAGAAAUCCAGGCUUUGGAGAUGAUAUUUCCGAAAAAUCUUGUAUUCAAUAUGCAUCUUGUAAAUUUGAAGAUAACGUAAUGUGAUAUAACGAACUUUAGAUCACAGAAAAAAAAAUGUUUCAAAGAUCAAAUCGAUUCUAUAACGAAACGAUAAAUUUCCUUUACGAUAACCUCGUGGAUAUUUUCUGCAACACUUCACCGCGUGGAUACGAUAAAGUAAUUAUAGAAUGAUAAUUCGCGACCGAUUCCAACCUAGCCUCCAGCCAACGCCUGACAACCUCUGCAGCUUCGCGAUCAUAAUUCCCGGACCGAUAAUCGUGCGACAGUGAUUUAAACUCUGCAUCAUAGAAAUUGUGCGCGUGUACGGCAGGGUGGAAAGUCAGUGCAUAGACCAUAAAAUGCGUGGGUGUGCCAGAAGAACCAGUUACGAUGGAUCGAGGAGGAGUCCUGGAAGCGCAAUAAUAAGCUAAAAAUAAAGGGCGAGUCGAGUCGAGCGUUAGCAAACUGUGAAUCUGCAGGGAAAUAAAAAAUAGAGGGAGAUCAGAUUAUAGGGGGAGGAGAGAAGGAGGGAAAAACGAGGCAUCGUGUCGGCAAGGCUAUCUGAAUAUCCGAAUGAAUAAUGAAUGAACCCGUGAAUAUAGCCGCGUAUAUAACGUAGGGAAAUAUCGGGCGCCACUGCAGAAGACAUCGAGGGCCGACCUUCGUUCGAGCGCCACUAGGUCCUAUUAAUAGUCGGUUAAAAAGCCGGUAGUCCUGAAGAACGAAGACAACAACAAGUGAGACAGAAAAAGAUCACAAGUGCACAAGUUUCACGUGCCGGCGUCGCGACGCCGACGAGUUGAACGACGGUUUAUCCUCUCCUAAGACAAUUCUAUUUUCCCCUCAUUCCAGCACGGGCUUUUGUCUUCCUAAGGAUUCUUACUCCACAAUUAUCCAAGCGGACGUUUAAUGCUCGUUGUUCGACACGCGUCUGUAGUUAAAUUCUUACACGGGCGAGGUAUAUUUUAACACCGAAAUAGAACCCGAGACAAUGCAAACAUGAGAUACAAGUCCCGCGGCAAAGGACACGACGAUAGUUUCGACGAGGGAGCGAGGUUCAGGGAUACUGCGCAACAGAUUCACAAACAGUGGCAGGCUGAUCCUGCCCGAGCUUUUCCCACCGUCGGUAGUCCAGGAUCGGAUGCACCCACUACAGGCAUCAAUUCCGCCGAAGGUUCGACCGCUACACCCACGCCGAGUCCGAGCCCGACAAAUGGCCAGCAGAAUUCGCACAACAGCAACUAUGAAGCCCCGUCGAAGAAUACCACCAACACGAUUUCUCGGUCGAAACAGGUGACGACGACGAUGACGAGGCCGCGGACGCCUGGCGUCGGAGCUGACGCAGUGUCAAUCGGAGGGAACGGAAACAGCCGAGUGAGCGAAGUGAUGGAGCUGAGCUACGUCACCGAAAGGAUAAUUGCCUUGUGGUACAAGGAAGACGCCCGAGGGAUCCUGGACCACGCGACGACCCUUCUGCGAGGAAAACACGGGGACAAUUACGUGAUCUUCAAUCUUUCCUCACCCGGACGAACCAACGAGCCAAAUACGCGGGAGUCAGGAUGGCCGCAAAAUCUAGCACCGAGUUUAGAGCGACUCUGCGCUCUUUGCAAGGAGCUCGAUUCUUGGCUAAACGCCGCGCCUAACAGAGUCGCGGUUUUGCAUGCUAGGGGCGGCAAGGAACGUCUCGGCGUCGCGGUUUCAGCAUACAUGAAUUACAGCAGUAUUUGCGGUAGCAGAGAUCAGGCAUUAGACAGAUUCGCAAUGAGGAGGUUCCUCGACGACAAAAUCGGGCCGCUCCACGUUCCCUCGCAUCGCAGGUACGUCGAGUACUUCAGCGGUCUUUUAUCCGGCUCGCUGAGAAUCAGCCCGUCUCCACUUUACCUUACACACCUGACGGUUCUGGGCGUACCGCAAUUCGAACCGACGGGAUGUCGCGCCUUCUUGAAAGUCUACGAAGGUCUGACCCCGGUCUACACCUCCGACCUUUACUCGGUGACAAACGCCCGAGAGUUCACGGUUAAUCUUGGAGGUCUCAGACUCCGCGGUGACAUACUGAUAAAGUGCUAUCAUCGCGUUUACUCGAAACAAAGCCGAGAGGCGAUGUUCUCGCUGCAGUUCCACACCUGCGUUAUCACCGAGAACGUGGUUUCGUUCCCUCGGUCGGAACUCGACAUCGCCUGUGAGGAUCCCAGAUGUCCGGCCGACAGCGUCGUCACCCUCUACUUCGCAAGCGACGCCCGCCGUCAGGAUGGCGUCGCUGGUCCUGUUCCAGCACCCACCCCCGCGGUGCCUCAUGCCUCGGCUCACCACGACCCCAUUUUGCACUGGGACAGCUACACGAAUCUGGAAAUCAGCGACGACGAGGGUCGCGACACGCCGUUGUCUCCGCCCCCGCCCUCCAGUUCCUCGGUUCAAACGUCGCCCAGAGGCUUGGGGUACACCUGCGGCCCCAUCGAUGGCUCCCUCUACGCAGUCGUUAAUCCCGGUGGCGCUGGCGGACCCCGGGGUUCCCCGUUGACCGUGUCGAUGGACAGCGGCAUAAGCAGCGCUCCUCCGCAACGACCCAGUCCUCCAGAAGCAGAGCCGGACUCCGAAAACGACCGGCUCAACAGCCACGGCGAUCUUGACAAGCUCCUUCACGAUAUGAUGCUUACUGUCGAGUCUAUGCCAGACCCACCGCCGAUAGAAAAUUACAGAUCAGACAAAAGCGACAAGAUGUACAUCCGGGAGACGCGAGGCUACAACAGCAGCGGUAACCAAUCGUCAAACUACUCGACGCUCAAGGAUUCGUACCGAAGCUACUCUUCGAAGAACGGCGACAGCCCUUCUUACAGCGGUGGCAGCAGCUAUUCGACCCUGAAGAACGAACCUCAAGACCCGAUCACCCUGAGGAAGGACACGAUCGAACGACGGGAAGAGAUAAGGAGCUUCGACGUUAACUUCCGUCGGUCACCGGAGCGAAAAAACGGCACCGAGUCCUUCUCUCCACCCGGGAACAUCGACUUCAUAGACGAGGACAUUCCCUACCACGCCAGGCAGACCAGCCAACCCUUCACCUACGGCGCCACCACAGACAUGAUUAAGCAACAGAUACUCUCCUCGCCUUCCCUCGUCAGGAAGGCCUCCGUUAGAGGCGCCGCCCCCGUCGUCGAUCUCGACGACAUACUCGGGGAACGCGAGAAGAGGACCGUCAGCCCGACGACCCCUGACCCACCGCCUGAAUUUGCAAACGGGUCUGGGACUCUCAAGACUAAUGACUACACGGACGGGUUGUCGUGGCUGAGACAACAGCAGCUCAAACUUGCUGCUAGAAGGGACGAGAGGAGCCCGAGCAAACAGUGGCGGCAGGAAUCGGGGAACCGGGUUAUCGGCGAACUGAGAACCGUGCAGCGAGGAAGAGUCCGGCAGGACGGAUACGCCAGCGAUUCGGCGGUUCUUGACGGCGACGAUGAUGCCUGGACGAUAAAUUACACGAUGCAGCCGCAAGUACGAUCCGCGACUUACACCUCGGCGCCGGCUAGUCCGUUGCUUCCGCAGAGGUCGAGCAGCCGUAAGUACAACAACGGUACCCUGAUUGGCGGUCGUCCGCGUGCGGAAAGUUUCAACGAACGUCCAUUCGUCGGAGUUAAACGUGGCUACGAAUUGAGGAAGAACAGCGAGACUCAGAGUCCCCCGAUGUCCCCAAGAUCAGCUCUCGCAGCUGCUCCCUUAGGAUAUGCCUUCCAGCAAACGUUGAGCCGACAUUAUCAGCAUCAGCAGCUGCAACAACAACAGGCGAACGGUGAAAAUCAACGACACUCACCGCCGCAGCCGGAAUCGCGAAGCGAUAGCUACGCGAGGACAGAAUCUCUGCUUAAUCAGCACCACCGCGCUUUGGCGCUGAACGAAAAUUCCUCGUAUCAAGUCCGGCCCAACGAGUCGAGAAGCAACUUCGUCUACUCCUCGAGCAAAUUGCAUUCGGUAAACAGCUCGGGCCCCGGUUCUCAGGAGUCGGGAUUGCUGCAAACCGUCGAUGACCAACCGGCUCAGAACUCCGGAGGCGGAACUGCAAAUUCAAAUUCCAGCGCCAACAGGGCAGAUAACGCGACGUCGGAUCCGCUCGUGAGCCUAUUUCAGUCAUUGGCGGAAAUAUCGAACGUCAGAACCACCUCAUCUACUAAUAAGAACGAACUGCAUACCCGCGCCACAUCGACAAACACAACUAACAGUUCCCCUAACCAGUCGCCAAAAGCAUGGCAGUCCCACAAUGACUCGGUAUCAUCGUGGACGGAGAGGAGCAUCAGCCCAGCAGGAGGCGCGGGAGCAGGAAGUACAGCGUCGCGGCCGCAAACCCCAGCGUUUCCGGUUCACCCGCGAACACCGUACGUUAACAACGCCUCGCCGACGGUAACAUUCGCCAGCGAUAAGAUUUACGCGACUUCGAACAGCGUGAACAACGCGAUAAACAACAACACCAACAUCAAUAACAAAAACAACAAGAACAACAACAACAACAACAACAACGACAACAACAACGGGCCGGAAGACACUAGAAAUUACAACGGGAAUGGCAACUACGGGAAUUACACAACCGAGCGUGUUUUCACAGCCGAGGAAAGAAGAGAAAUAUCCAGAGAGACGGGAUUGCCUCCCAAGAGUCCGACAACCCAGCGACGUUUGAGUUUCCCAGCAAGCGGAUCGCUAAAGCAAACGAAUAACAAACGAUGGCCGCUCACUAACCAGUCGGCGUCGUUCGAUUAUAGCAAGGAUCGACCUGUCUCUCCCGGAGGAGAGUACGCCAGUCAGUCUCAAAUGACGAUAAGUAAUCAAAGCCCCGGCACACCGACGCAGAUAGAAUUCGCCCAGAGUCCAAAGAGUGCCAUAUCAUACUCGUCAAUAAACAGCGGCGGUCAGUCAUCGCCCAAGGUCUAUAACUACGGAUCCAGAAGAUCGAGCGUUCACUCAAACACAGAACCCCAGGAAGUUGCCGAUGCCAAUGUAAAGUUCGUCAGAGACACAAGCCGGAUUUGGUACAAGCCGAACAUUUCUAGAGAACAAGCGAUCGCGAUGCUCAAGGACGCGACUCCGGGGAUGUUCGUUGUUCGCGACAGCAAUUCCUUCCCCGGGGCCUUUGGGCUCGCCCUUAAGGUGGCGACGCCGCCUCCAGGAGCUCCGAGCAGCCCUCGGGAUCCGGCGAGCGAAUUAGUGAGGCAUUUUCUCAUCGAGCCGACAUCGAGAGGCGUUCGUCUAAAGGGAUGCGCUAACGAACCGGUCUUCAGCUCGCUCUCGGCCCUCGUUUAUCAGCACAGUUUAAUGGCCAUGGCUUUACCCUGCCAGCUGCUUCUUCCCGAACCGGAAGCCGCCGCCAGAGCCCUCGACUCACCGGGAACGAGCAGCGCUCAGCAGCUACUUGCUCAGGGGGCGGCUUGCAACGUCCUCUACCUCUUCACAAUCGAUACUGAAUCUUUGACGGGGCCACAAGCGAUCAGAAAAACUGUCACGACGCUUUUCGAACAGCGGCCAUUACCAACUGCGACUGUAGUCCACUUCAAGGUAUCGGCCCAGGGUAUCACCCUGACGGAUAACGCCCGUAAACUAUUCUUCAGGAGACAUUAUCCGACAAAUAACAUCAGCUACUGCGGUCUCGACGUCGACGAACGGACCUGGAACUUCGUAGCCGAAAGCGGGCAGGGCCAAACCUCUCAUCGGUGUUUCGGGUUCGUGGCUCGAAAAACGGCCCACAAAUCAGACAACCAGUGUCACGUAUUCGCCGAGCUUGAACCGGAACAACAGCCCGCAACAGCGAUAGUCAACUUCGUGAAUAAAGUGAUGAUGGGUAAUGCUCAGGUGAAAGCAAACAUCGUUUAAAAUAUUUCUACACAAGUACAUGAAAUGCAAUAGCUGUGACGGAAUCCUGUGGGCGUUGAGAUGUGUUGAGUGAUCAAAACCUGGUACGAAUUUACAAUUAGUAAGAAGCAAUCGGCUAUUCGGCGAAACAGGAAAGAACUAAGAUGUUGUAACGGUAUAUAUAGUAUGCGCUAUGUAUUACAUAGAUUGUUAUCGUCGAAAUAAUUAUAUUACUACCGAGUUAUUAUUGUUAUCGUCAUCUUCAUUAUUAUUUCACUUCAAUCAGAGGCCUUUUCUUAUGAAUAGGGAUAGGAUAUCGUACCUAUAUAGAAUUUACGUAUCGCACACUGUAAAACAGUGCUAUGACAGAUGGUGAAACGACGAAGAGCACGCAUGCGGAUAGAAGUAAAUCAAAUGCGAGAAAGAUCAGCAAAGGAAUUAUAUCAACUUUGUCUCCUGUUAACGUUGUAAGAUUAAUAAUCAAAUGAUAUGAGGUAGGUGCGCGUGAAUAAAUUAUCCACGGAUUAGGAUAGUCGAGAAAAAUGCUGAAAAGGAGAUAGCAAAAAAAAUGCAACGCGCGCCGAGGAGAAAUAGAUAAAAACAAUGAAAUCGCGAUGAAACCUCAAUUGCUUAGGUGAACUUCGUCGGCUUCGUUGAUUUAAUUAUGUUGUACAAUUGCCAGUACUGAAACUGGUUAGCCUUAAUAAGUUAAAUCGAACGUCAAAAAUAUUGAAAAUAAAUAUUACAUCAUAUACGUAGACAUUAUAGCUAUAGAGUUGUAGACGUUAAGAGUAUCGUGUAAUUAAUUGAAUGGUAAUUAACCGAUCCUUACGUCAUGUUAGCGUUAGUAUAACGGUGGCGAUAUAAUAUUCAGCAUCAUAUGGUAGAGUUUAACAAGUGAUGCCUAAACUGAAAAAGUAUAAAAAUAAACUGCAGAAUCGAAACAGAGGUCGUAAAAUAUAACGAUACAAUUUACUUUCAAAUAAAUAUCGAUCCUUAGACCACCUAGGAAAUGCAUGUUGCGAACGAAGAAAUACGAUCAGAUUGAAUAAUAUACACAAAAUUAUAUACUUAUACAACUAAAAUUUAUACAUAGAGAUAUUAUUUAGCAGUCCGUAUAAAAAGUAGAUAUACACAUAUACAUAAUUAAAUCAAUGUAAAUAUACUAUAAAAAUGAUAAAAUAUAUAUAAAUAUAUAUCUAAUUAUAUCUAUAAUAGAUUCUUCAGAAGUUAUCCUUACAUGGAUUAUAUAUCUUAAUGUAUGUGUAAUAAAUCAGAUCUAACAUAAACAAAUACUACAUACUGGCAAACCUUAGUAGUAAUUAACGAUAUUACGAUAUAAUUUAUCAGAUACUUGAAAAAUAAACAAUGUAAUAUCAUCACACUAGAGGAGGGACACGGGGUAUUGUAUUGUAGUCUGUAGUUCUUGCCACGACAGAUAUUUGAUGUACGAAGCGAUAAUGAUUACGUAUAACUGUGAUUAUCGCCACGAAUAUUGCCAUUAUUUUCGAAAAAAAACAUGAUACGGACAAUACUUUGUAUCCACGUCGAAUGUUUGAUAAUGGUACACGAAUGAUGCAUACGCAGUCAAUUACUAUACAUCUGAAUACCUUAUACAUAUAAUAAGGACAAUAUUAUAUAUAUAAUAAAUUUUUUCUCUUUUUUUUUUUAUUUGUUUCAAGCCAUUCGUGAUGUAUAGCGUAAAAGUUAAUCACCCAGAGGUUAAUGCGUUGGUACACAAUUUAAAAAGGAAUAAAACGAAAUGGGAUUAGAAAAACAUCUAAACAAAACCGCGAAAGAAAAUAAACGUUAUUUGUAAGCCCAAAGGUAUAA